AGAGAGAGAGAGAGAGAGAGAGAGAGAGAGAGAGAGAGAGAGAGAGAGAGAGAGAGAGAUGGGAUCGUAUGGGACUCUGAAGGUGUCGGCCCUCAAUGGGGUCAAGGUAUAUAAUGUUGCGGGAGGGCGGAACAUUCCGCAGUGGCUGUCAGAAAAAGACAAGCGUGGGCUGAGGAAGAACAAUGAUUAUCUUCGAAGAAUUGAGCUUGUCCAGGACAUGGAAUUUGACACCGCAGCAACGCGCAUAAAGUGCACUAAGGAUGGCGAGUACAUUAUUGCAACAGGUGUUUACCCUCCCCAAAUACGCACAUUCGAGUUGAGUCAGCUAUCUAUGAAGUUUCAACGUAACCUCGACUCUGAGGUGGUUGAUUUCCAGGUUUUAAGCGAAGAUUUCUCUAAACUUGUUUUUAUCUGCAGCGACCGCUCUGUCCACUUCCAUGCCCGAUUUGGCGCGUACUUCAAGACCAGAGUGCCCAGGGUUGGCCGGGAUCUGACGUAUGACACAGCUUCCUGCAACCUCCUCGUUGCAGCAUCUUCCCCUCAAGUGUAUAUCAUUAACCUUGAACAGGAUCUCUUGCGAAUUCAUGGACUGAUUGCGUGUGCCGGGGAGGACGGCGCGCUGGAAUGCUUCGACUUGAGGCAGAAAUCGUCGGUGGCCAGACUUGCCGCUUGUGCUACGGCAGGAUUUGGCACGCAGGAAUUGACCGCCGUACGUUUUGAUGAUCUGGAUGGCUUCGUGUUGGCAGUGGGAACAAGCGGAGGCAAUGUUCUUUUGUACGAUCUGCGCUCCUCGGUCCCGCUCAGGACAAAGGACCACAUGUAUGGAAGUCCAAUUGUUGACAUCAAAUUCCACAACACACCCACGAACGCUACUCGCUACGUUAUUUCUUCAGACAAAAGAGUUUGCAGAAUCUGGGAUCCAGCAACGGGAUCAAAUUUCACAAGCAUCGAACCCGGCGAAGGGGACAUCAACGACGUCUGCGUUGUUGGGAACAGCGGGCUGAUCUUCGUGGCGCUAGAUUCCCCACGAAUGCAGAACUACUUCAUUCCGUCCCUUGGGCCAGCUCCAAGAUGGUGCUCUUUCCUUGAGAACUUAACGGAAGAACUUGAGGAGGACAAGCAAGCUGCUGUGUACGACGACUUCAAGUUUGUGACGAGAGAAGAAAUAGAGAAGCUCAAUUUGACGAAUCUGAUCGGCACAAACCUCCUCCGUGCGUAUAUGCAUGGUUACUUCAUGGAUCAUCGGCUCUAUCACAAGGUCAGACGCAAGCUGCCUAAGGUGAAUCGUGAGCUGGCUGCCAGACUGAUGCGCGAAUCUGAGCAGCUGGGAGAUAAGUCAAAGAAGAAAAAGGCAGGAGUGGCUGCUAGUCUGCUGAGCGAUGAGCGUUUUGCAUCCAUGUUCAAGGAUAAGGCUUUUGCGGUUGACGAGAAAGAUCCGGAGUUCAAGGCGCUUAAUCCUACGCUAUCGCAGAACAAAUCCAAAUUGGUCGACGAGCACUUCGAUCUGGUCGGCAGAGAUGACGAGGGCAGCAUGGAAAGCACUGACGAUGGCGACAGUGACGCUUCGGCUUACGGUUCGGACGAUGACGGUCGCAAGAAUGUGAAGGAAUGGGAUAAGAAACACGGUUUUGGGGCUAAGGAGAAAAUGAUGGGACGCAAGCAGCAGCCAGGCGGGAGAAAGGAUGCAGGGCCAAGAUUUUAUGAAAUCAAAGAUGAGGAGCAUGCACAGGCAUUCCGCAACAAUCAGUCGGUUGCGGCAAUUCACGCGAUGACGCUUGAAGAACGCCUAGCCGCAAACAAGACGGGAAAGGAGUCAAACGCGAUGGGUGCGAACACGCGUUUGGGAGGCAGCAGGGAGAUCACAUUCAGCCUGAGGCGAUCGCGUGCAGACGACGAGAGCGAUCCGAAGGACGCGAGGAAGUGGGGGGACCAAAGAAACCGGCGUGAUGUGAAGUCGCUGAAACUUCCACGCCCUGGCGGCGGCCGAAGUGGAUUUGGUGGCCGUGGUGGAUUUGGCGGACGAGGUGGAUUUGGCGGUCGAGGUGGAUCCGGCGGUCGAGGUGGAUCCGGCAGUCGAGGUGGAUUCGGUGGUCGAGGUGGAUUUGGAAGAGGGGGGCGUAGCCAUGGCUUUGGGGGUCGAGGCGGAUCUAGCGGUCGAGGCGGUCGCGGGCAGCAAUGAUGAAGGUGGCCGUGAUUCGUUUCUUUUUUGUUCAGCUUUUCCUCUGUGCUCGCACUCUCAUUCAAAUGUCGAAUUUGAAAUUGCUUCUUGUUUCGCCGCUUUUUGGUGGUCCAGAUUUUGCACUUGGACCACAUUUGCAGUCAGGUGCGUGAACUUGGAGAGAAAAGCAGAUGCCCCCAGCUCAGCUUGCCGAGGUGGGGGCAUCCUCGCAAACUCGCAUCGUUGCCAACUCUGUACCUCUGGCUGGUACCGUGAGGUACCGGCAGUACCAGGGUAUAGCAGCCUGGAACCAACUUGCUGCUGCACCGAAGGAAGAGCAGAGGGAGUGGUAGAAAGCCAGUGAGGGAGGAUCUGGUUGCUUGGUGUACCGAUCGCGGUUCAAAGCGAUUGAGCAGCUACCGUCUUCCCCCGAACAUAACGCAUCCUAAAAAUGAAUGUAUACGAGCUAUAUUUCCGGCCAGAUACAGCCAAAAUGAGGGUGUAUUGUGCUCGGGGGUAGACGGUAGUAUCUUUGUGUACAAAUGUUUCAGUGGAUUUGUACCACGGACGAUCUGGCACUAUAAUGCACAGGCACUGAGGAUCUGGUACUCUGGUACUCUGGUGCAAAGGACCUAGUACUAUCGUACAGAGGAUCUGGUACUCUGGUACUAUGAUGCAUACGAAGGUACUCAGGAUCUUGUACUAUUGUACAAGGGCGACGAUGAUCUGGUACACAGGCAGUGAGGACCUGGUACUAUGGUACAAAGGCAGUGAGGAUCUUGUACCAUGGUAAAGUGUUGCUGAGGAUCCGGUACCAUGGUACAGAGGCUAUGAGGAGGACUUGAGGCUCUGAGGAGGACCUGGAACCAUGGUACAAAGGCAUUGAGGAUCUGGUACUAUGAUAGAUUUGAAGGCACUCAGGAUCUGGUACUAGGGUACAAGGGCGGCGAUGAUCUGGCACGAAGGCAGUGAGGACCUGAUACUACGGUACAAAGGCAGUGAAGAUCUGGUACCAUGGUACGGACUCUACUACAGAGUUGGUGAGGAUCUGGUACCAUGGUACAAAGCCUCUGAGGAUCUGAUACAAAGGCCUGUGCAUUUGGCAUGCUAUGGUACGAAGGCACCAAGGAUCUGGUACUAUGCGACAGAGAUGCUGAGGUACGCCGGCACUGAGGAUCUGGUACUCUGGUGCUCAGGCACUGAGGAUCGGGGACCACGGGGUCCCUCUGAACGGCCAUUGUGAAAUCAAGACUCUGAUACCCUAAAGGUACCAGGUUGGUUGUAGAAGUCUUUGCUGGCACCUUUCUUCUAGUCCCAUUUCAGUUGGGACUUAGUGGGAAGUAGUGGCUGAUAUCUGGGUUGAGAGCCUUAGAUCGAUAUCGUUGCAACUUUCGACUAGAGAAAGCAGCUGAGUACCAAUUAAGUACCAGGACAGUAUUCACGAAGGUGCCAGCAAAGAGUUCGGCAUCUUGAAUGCUGUCAGUGGUGUAAGGUAGCACAAAGUGAGGAGACAUCGAAGCAGGACUUUCGACUAGAGAAAGCAGCGAAGUACCCGAAUCUCUCUGCGUGUUUGAGCCCGUGGUCCCAGAUCCUCAGUCUCUGAGCACCACUGUACCAGAUCCUCAGUGCCUGGUACUCGGUUGAGCUUGAGCCUUUGUUUGUACCUUGGCCUGUAUAAGCCACAGUCGCGGAGUUCAGUUGUAUCGGAGUCCUAGCAGUAGAGUCAGUCGAACCUUUGUUUGUACCUUGGCCUGUUUAAGCCACAGUCGCGAUUUUGAACGGAGUCCUAGCAAUAGAGUCAGUUGUUGAGUGUAAGCCACAGUCGCGGAGUUCAGAAUCUACAUAGUUUUUCGCUGUACGAAGCUUUGAUCCUUCGACCUUCGUGUCCGACAUGAGAACAUUAUCUUCAAGAGCAGGAAGAGGGGUACGGUGUCAAGGGCAACACUUGUAGUUCCACUCCAUAG